UGAGUAUUGGUGCAUAGACUUCGUACUUCCCCUUCCCCAAAUGCUUACAAGAUAGACUCAUAAUAACGCUUCAGCUUCUUUCCCAAGUUAAACUUGUUCACCCAAACCCAAUGAACGGUGGUGGCAACGCGCCGUCGCCGCCAACUCCGGCGGCCAACGGCGGAGAGUUCCUCCUCUCUCUCCUCCAAAAACCCCAAGCCGCCAAAUCAGCAUCUCCGCCGCCGCAGCCGCCACCGCCGCAGCCGCCACCGCCGCAAUCGCAGCAGCGUCAGCAGCCGCAGCAAUCUCUCGCCGUUGAUCCUGCCGUUGCGGCGGGGGGCCCAAGCGUCCCUUUCCCGCCGCCGCACUUGUGGCCAUCCAACGGCCAGGAUCUUCUCCACCCGCUCCACUGGCCCGUCCACUCUCUCGCUAAUCCUCCUCCUUUCGCUCCCAACGGCUUCCUAGGGUUCCCUCACAGCUUCUUCCCCAACCAGUUUCAGGGUAAGCAGGUCUCUGGAAACGUCGGCGAAGAUCUCCGGAGGCUAGGGUUUUCGGGCGGGGUGAAUUCGAAUCCGAAUUUGAAUUUGAAUCCGAUUCACGGAAUUGUCCAGCAGAAGAACCAGUUGGAGCACAAGCUCAAGUUCGGCUCUUUACCUAGCGAAAUUGUGAUCAUACCCGAGGCUUUGCCGAAAGUAGAUGCUUCGAAUUUCAACAAUUUGGUGGAUCGGAGUCGGCGAUUGAGCUCUAAUUCAAGCUCGAAUGCGGUUCGGCAAGGAAAUUAUGAGCAUCAGAGGACUAAUCCUCCGCCUGGGUUUAGGAGCAAACCAAAAAGGACGGGCUUAAACCAUAGUAUCGGAGGGGAAAACUCUGUUUCUGGUGAUUUGAUGAGAACUAGGGAUGUUUUGGCUGAAGAUAUCGGGAUUCGAGGCGAUGGCUCCCGUGGAUUGGAGCUCAGCGCGCAGCUUGAUCGUCCGGGGCCGCCGUCCGGCAGUAAUCUUCGCUCGGUUUUGGCUUCGGAUGUUGAAGAAUCCAUGAUGAAGUUGGAGAGUGACGCCGUUGAAGUUGGAGGCGGCCAUGAAAUCGAUGACAUUGGUCAACGGCUCGUCGAUUCCUUAUUGAUUGAGGAUGAAUCUGAUGAUAAAAAUGAAACAAAGAAGCAUAAAAAUUCCCGAGACAAGGAUUCGAGGUCAGAUAGCAGGGGACAGCGGCUACUCAGCCAAAGGAUGAGAGUCUACAAGCGUCAGAUGCGGUGUCGGAGUGACAUAGACAGGCUAGAUGAUGCUUUUAUUGCGAUUGUUAAGUCGCUCAUACCAGCCGAGGAAGAAAAGGCUAAGCAGCAGCAAUUGCUAACAUUAUUGGAGAAACUAAUUAUCAAGGAAUGGCCCAAAGCUCGGCUUUAUCUUUAUGGAUCAUGUGCCAACUCCUUUGGAGUUUCCAAAAGUGAUGUUGAUCUCUGCCUUGUGAUGGAAGAAGCAGACGUCAACAAGGCUGAGGUUUUAUUAAAAUUGGCAGAUAUUCUGCAAUCUGAUAAUCUCCAAAAUGUGCAGGCGUUGACACGUGCCAGGGUUCCUAUAGUAAAGCUUAUGGAUCCAUCGACUGGAAUCUCCUGUGAUAUAUGCAUUAAUAAUGUUUUGGCUGUUGUAAACACAAGGCUUCUACGUGAUUAUGCACGAAUAGAUGUGAGGUUGCGGCAGUUGGCCUUUAUUGUGAAACAUUGGGCCAAGUCAAGAGGAGUCAAUGAAACAUACCAAGGAACCCUGUCCAGCUAUGCGUAUGUCUUGAUGUGCAUUCAUUUUUUGCAACAGCGAAGACCUGCCAUCCUUCCAUGCUUACAGGGAAUGGAGGCAACAUAUUCGGUCACGGUAGACAACAUUGGAUGUGCUUACUUUGAUCAAGUUGAAAAGCUUAGUGAUUUUAGAUCACAUAACAAGGAAACUGUUGCUCAACUUGUGUGGGGCUUUUUCAAUUAUUGGGCAUACUGCCACGAUUAUACAGAUUCUGUUAUAUCUGUACGUACAGGAAGUAUAAUCAGUAAACGGGAAAAAGACUGGACAAGGAGGAUUGGAAAUGAUCGCCAUUUAAUAUGCAUAGAGGAUCCUUUCGAAAUAUCUCAUGAUCUGGGUCGAGUUGUCGACAAGCACAGCAUAAGGGUUCUGAGGGAGGAGUUUGAACGUGCUGCUGAGAUCAUGCAGUAUGAUCCAAAUCCUUGCGUGAAGCUCUUUGAGCCAUAUAUUCCUAGUUGAUUAGUUUGGUCGAACAUAACUUAAGAUGUAUUAUAGUAAGUUCUGCCUCAAUUUUCUCAUUUUCCAUGUUUGAUGUUUAUAGCAUGUAUUUUGUGCUCUAGGCCUUUGAACGUUCCCUCCCCGUGUAAAGCAACUCCUGUCUGCAAACUUAUUGUGUGGUUUUUGAUUCCAAUAUUGCUAAUGUUAAAAGGAGAAAAGAAAAAAGUACAAAAAAAAACAGAGAAAAAAAAAGGAAGUAAAAGUUUAAU